GAAAGGUAGAGUUAGAAGAAAGCCAUGGAAAUACCUCCAACGAAACUCAGUUCUUUUGAUGUUGCAAAAACUGAUGCUGGUUUGUUGCAAAGCAAAGAGCUUUAUCAGUAUAUCUUGGAGACAAAUGUGUACCCAAAUGAGGAUGAAGUUCUAAAAGAGCUAAGAGAAAUUACGGCUACCCAACCAUGGAGUUUGAUGCUUUGUGCAGCAGAUGAAGGUCCAAUAAUGUCUCUACUUAUAAAGCUUAUCAAUGCAAAAAAGACAAUUGAGAUUGGGGUGUACACUGGAUACUCACUCCUUGUCACUGUUCUUGCACUUCCCGAAGAUGGCAAAACCAUUGCCAUAGAUCCAGAUCGGUCAAUGUUUGAGAUAGGACUACCUUUCUUCAGAAAAGCUGGGGUGGAACAUAAGGUGGAGUUCAUUGAGUCUAUUGCUCUUCCUGUUCUUGACAAACUACUGGAAGAUCCCAAGAAUGAAGGAUCAUUUGAUUAUGCGUUCGUCGAUGCAGACAAGGACAAUUACGUGCAUUAUCAUGAGAGACUACUAAAACUAGUGAGAGUAGGAGGAAUGAUUCUCUAUGAUAAUACACUAUGGUCAGGUACAGUAGCUUGGGAAGAUGAUUCUACACUUGAUGAUAUGAUGAAAGAAAUUAAGGAUGUAUUUGUCGAUCUGAACAAGAAAUUAGCAUCUGAUUCUCGCAUUCAUAUUUCACAACUCCCUGUUGGUGAUGGUCUCACAAUGUGUAUGCGUCUACAUUGA